UGGCUUUGUGUCAUUUUUGGCGGAUGCAGUCCGUGGUCGUCGACACCAGCAUCGUCUACGUCGAGUGGUCGCCGGACGAUGGACCACUCGUACCUGAGCCAAACACGACGCUCGUCUUCCUCGAGACGGACGACCUUGUAUACGCGAGGUUCUUUGCGGACUUUGGCCCCCUGCCGCUCGGCCAAGUGGUGCGGUUCCUCCGCUCGUUGCAAACCACGGCAAAGAGCUACACGCGCGUGAUCUGCUACUCGACGGCCCACCCGCAGCGCCAAGCGAACGCGAUUGCCCUCCUCGUGCUCUACCGCGUCGUCCUUCGCCGCCUCUCGCCAGCAGAAGCCAUGGCGCCAUUUGAAACCAAGCAGCUGCCGCCUUUCCGGGAUGCCGCGUACGGCAUUUGCACGUUUGGGCUCUCGAUCGUCGACUGCGCGGCGGCAAUGCACAAGGCCGUCGCGCUCAACUUCUUCGCGCUCGACACGUUCGACGUUGACGGCUACGAGGCGAUGGCUGCCGAGAACGACAUGCAUUGGAUCGUACCACAGAAGCUGGUCGCGCUCCCCGGACCAACGUCGCAGCCCGCUGGUAGCGAUCGAACAAGGUUUCCGCAGCGCGUCGACGACGUUGCGCUGAAGCUCAAGGCUCUUGGUGUGUCGUGUGUCGGUAUCGUAGUCAUAACGAAGUACCCAAGGGCCACGCUGUUUGGAGUAGUGCGCCUCAACGACGCUACUGGCUACGACGCGCGCAAGAUCGUGGCCGUCGGCUUGCGACACGUGGAGAUGCCGUACGCCGAUGGUGGCACGCCGUCCGAGGAGUCGCUGACGACUUUCUUUUCGAUCUGUGACCGUGAAAAGGGCGCUUUGGCCGUGCACUGCGAAGGCGGUCUCGGCCGCACGGGCACGACGAUCGCCGCUUACCUGAUUUACCGGUAUGGCUUUACGGCGCCCGAAGCCAUUGCGUGGUGUCGGCUAUGUCGGCCGGGAAGUGUCCUCGGGCAGCAGCAGCACUUCUCGAUGUUUAUGGCGCCACGCCUGCGAGCCUUGCCGCCCACCCAUGUGCUCGACAAGACCGCAAAACACAUCAAGAACAAAAAGACAAUCAAGCACAUAGUAACGAUCGGGCACUAGUGUAGGACCUCGUGCAAUAGUUCAAUUUUGUUGCUGGGUUCGAUGAUUUAACCUAUGUUAAUGGCGUCCUUUCUUGGUGCGGG